GUUCUGAAAUUAUCACAACAUAAACAUUAAAAUGUACGGAUUUAAAUUUUAAUAAAAAUUGUGUCACUCUUUAUAAAUAACAUAAUAAAUUGUUCUAAAAAAACACAAAUCCCAUUUAGAAUGGAAAAGUGGCAUAAUAAAGUAGCCGUAGUGACGGGAGCUAGUGCCGGUAUAGGAGAGGCCUGUUGUAAAGCACUCAUUGAGCACAACAUGAUUGUUGUGGGUCUGGACUUAUGCCAAGAAGGUAUAGAAAAAUUACGUGAUUUUUGGACGGGUGAUGAAGAAAAACAACAACGUUUUCAUGCUCACAAAUGUGAUGUACGCAAUGAAGACGAAGUAGUUGAGACAUUUAAAAAGAUCGUUCAAGAACAUGGUGCCAUAGCGGUGCUAAUAAAUAAUGCUGGUAUUAUACGUGAUACCGAGCUGGUGAGAGAAAAUAAUUCACAAGAUAUACGUGAUACCAUCGAAACAAAUGUCAUGGGUGUGAUCUAUUGUACUAGAGAGGCCUUCAAGACAAUGUCACAGCAUAACAAUAGUCAGGGUCAUGUGAUUAUUAUAAAUAGCAUAGGCGGCCAUAAGGUAGAACAUUUCAGUGGCAUGUCUACAAAUAUGUAUCAAGCUUCGAAACAUGCCCUUACAGCCAUGACUGAAGUCUAUCGGAAUGAGUUUUUAAUGCAUAAUACAAAAAUUAAAAUAACCAGCAUUAGUCCGGGUUUAGUGCGUACAGAAAUUUUCCCCAAAAGAGCCUGGGAACUACUGAAAAAUUCAAAUUUUCUAGAGUCCUCCGAUGUAGCAGAUGCUGUAGUUUAUUGUCUACAAACUCCUUCUCAUGUUCAGGUCCAUGAACUUAUAAUUAAACCUUUAGGCGAAAGGUUAUAAGUGUUUUAAAAUAUAAUAAUUUAAAAGCAAAUUCUCAAAAUUUCACUUAACUGAAAUUAAAUUAUACACAAAUUGUGAAACUUACCAUUAAUUGUAAAAUAAAUAAAAGACUAAACCUAAGGUCCCACAGUCGUGUAGGACCUUUUUGUGGGCUCCACAUCCUGGAGCUGUAUCGUAUGAUGAUAAA